AUUUAUUGAGGGGGCCUUCAAGUGGUAGAUAAAACACUGAGGAGGGAUACUUUGGGUUCAUGAACGACCUCACGUAUGGACGGCCUGACCAGCUUGAAGGCAUGGCGCCGGGCCAGAUGUGCCAGUGUAUGGCGGCCUUACCCCGAGCAGACGUGAGGAGUUGGUUUAACGACCGGUCGAGCUCGGUGCUAGCCAGAGGGUCGAGCAGCCGCGCAUUAGUGACCUUGCAUGAGGAAUUCCCUGCGGCGGAGCUGAGGCGAGCAUAUAGCGAACGAGCAGAACGCACCGACCCUAGACAGGCAGAGAAUAGCGACCACACUCAUCACUCCGAUAUAGAUACCCUUUUGCCUCCCCGCAAUAAAUACUGGUUCAGCAUUCGAGGGGACGUGACAGUUGUAGACGGCGCGUUUUGGAUUUGUAACCAUAAAUGGUUGCCACGUGGUCGUGCUGAACUGGGGGGCCGUAAACACGCAUACGGUGUUUACAGGGCGCCAUCUGAACGGCCAAAACAAAACAAACAAAACAAUUUGUUAGCGAAAACACCUUCAACUACUCAGGUAAAAAUGGCUUCUUUCCACGAUGCACGAGAGUUCUGGGGUAACCAAGGUGAAGAGGAGGAUGUCGAUGUGAUAUCCGUGGAGCCUAUCGCGAUGAUAGUGCCACCGGAGUUACAGGAUUCGCCCAGAACCGCCGCGCCUGGGAGUGACGUCAGUUCGAGCGUGAGCGGUGGUUCUGGGGGCCACCAGCCUUCCACCUCCAGUGAUUCGUCAACGGAAGAGACGUCUAGUGGGGCGGAGGGCGUUGAGGAGGUUGGCUGCGGUGCACCGAUGACAAGUGCAGCAGCAGAGGUGGUGGUGUUCGAAGGGUGGGAGAGCAAGGUUCUCAGCAGAAGGCUGGACAACCUUCGCAAGGCUCCCAAGACCCUGCCGGCCGGCUUCAAGUUCAGGGCAGUGCUUCAUCACGAGGUCGCUGAUGGUGCUGCCACGGUGAAAGGGUACAAGAAGCUGGAAGAGAUGGUGAGGCGAUUCCAGAUCCCCAGGACCAUCCUGAUCCGAGCUGGGACACCAAAUGAACGGGCGUGUUCAGUGUCACGGACGGGCUGGGUGCUAGUAUACGUAGAUCAUUUUGACGCCGGUCUACGUUUUCCUCUGCUCGGACUAAUUUUUGAUGUCCUGGCAAAGUACGAGCUGGCCCUUUCGCAACUUACUCCCAACAGCAUAAAGUUCAUCAUAGGCUUUAUGCUGUUGUGCGAAAGGCUGGGGAUGCCUGUGAAGGCGGUGGUCUUCAGGUCGCUCUUCCUAUGCCGUUUGUGCCCGUCCACCAGCGGGAUGAGGUGGUACUACAUCUCGGGCAGGGAAAAGAUGAUAAUCUUCACCAACAUCAGAAAUAAGGUAGCGAGGUGGAAAAGACAGUUCGUGUUCGUGCGGGAUACGCGAACUGACAGGAUUAACAGCGAGCUCGCAGCCCGUCUGUCAGAAUGGCGUACGCCGAACACAUAUAUGAACUAUCCCCAGCUGACCAACGGUGAUGUCGACCUAAAGAACCGGCUGCUCGACUAUGUGAAGGCGAGGGGGCUAGUGGAUUUGGAAACCUUGGUUACCCCGGAGCAGAUCGCAUUUCAUGGAUUUGUCGACGUGGCAAAUCUACACUCUCAAGGAGUCAUGAGCAGCAUUCUGGAGAGACAACGCCAGAGAGCACAAAGCUCACAAGGCCGGGGAGCUGGGUCCAGCUCCCAGCGUCAGUCACGUUUUGAUGAGCGGCCCCCUGCUGCACCGGGGCGCAGCUCACAGCAUCGGAGUUCCAGCUCGGCGCCGAGGCCAUGCGUCGAGCAGAGAGUGGAGCCCGCGCCUUCCAGCUCUAGACGGCGCACAAGGGAGGACUCUGACGCCGAGGACAAUGUUCCACUCAUCCGGCGAAGGACGAACAACGGCUCUCAGCCCGCUCCAGCCGCUGCUGCGCGACCUGGAAACGUGCCCCCAGCUCCCGCUCGUGAGGUCGCCGAGCAAACGCCAACCUCGUCGUCUGUGGUGGGGCCCAGGAUUGCAUACCCGGAUGGCUUCAGUUAUGUGCGAACUGAAUGCCAUGCAGCCAUGCUGCAGGGUAUGCAGAACUUUGUGCCCCCCGCAGACCGGCUGCGUGCAAAGGGGCACAUUCAGCAGCAUGGGGAACAUGCUGCGCUGAUUAAGCUGAUGGAUGCGUUCAGCUAUACUGUCGCGCUGUUCGAGUGCGAGCAGGGAGCCCGAGUGCGAAACAACGAGCUCCAGGCUAGCUGCAAGCAACUGGCCACUGAAAAAGCCAGUUUGGCUGACGAGGUCAGUCGUCUGCAGAGCUCGGAGAUGGCAGACCGAGCGGCGUCAGCUGAAAGCCGAGCUGACGAGAUGGCCCGUAAAGUUAACGAGCUGAAAGACGAGCUCGUGAGGGCCCGAGUGGAGAAAGAGAGUGGCAUCCAGGCUGCGAAGGAAGAGGCCGGUCGUGCAGAGGACCGCGCCAAAAGGGCAGAAGCUGAGAGGGAAAAGACUCUGCACGACCUGAACGCCAUGGCAGAGAGGGUCUCACAAGCUGACCAGCACGUCGCCCGGGCUGAGGCGUCCUUGGAAGAAUGCAAGAGGCUCCAUCAGCGCGACCUCUGCUUUGCCCUUGCCUCUGCCAACACGACCACGGACAUCUUCAACGAGGUUCGUGGAAAGGUGCUGCGAGUCCGGGCUGACUUUCCCAUUGGCGAGCUGGCCUUCUUCGAGGGUGAAGACAUUGACGAGGAAGGAAGGAGCCUCGCCCAGCCCGCUGACACCCAGGUGAAGCUCAAGUGGGAGUUGAAUGAAGAGGGGCUGCCCGUGUGGCCCCCUUCUGUCGUAGAGGAGGGGGAGGACACAGAGGGGUUGCCAAGCUUCGAUGCUUGGGUGGCAGGCCCUCAUGACGUGCCUGCUGAGGUUUCCAGCACCCCCCCUGCUGCUCCGGCUGCUGCUGCUGCUCCGGCUGCUGCUGCUGCUCGCUCUCCUGCGCUCUCUCCACCAGAUCGGUCGUCUCCAGCUCGAUCUGCCGCCGCCCCCAAUGACGCAUCUAUCCCCGUCGACCUGACGGAUGAUUAGUUUAGGACUUUUUUGUUCUCUUUUUGUAUUUCUUUUGGCAUUCUUAUAUUAAUCAAUGAACUCAUUCACC